AGAUGUUUUUGUCUGUCUUAGAACUUGACAAUUUAAAUUUUCCCAAAAAUGUGUUUGCAUCCUUCAAACACUUUGAAAGUAACGGUGAGCGGGACAAUUCUGCAUGUAUUUAUGGGUUAGGAUUCCUUGCAGUGGGGAAUUUUUUCCUUUAUGUCAGUCUUGAAGAUGUAAUUGUCCAAAUGUUGGACCACUGUCUUUCUUGGAAACUGUUCUUGUGAUUUAGGAUGAGGAAAGAAGUUGCAUCUGGAGGAGUCAAGUGGCAUGACACUAUUAAUCUUUGAAUUGCAGCAUUAUAUUUGUUUCCAUCACUCUAUGUAAACUAAGUUCUUAGUAAAUUUUGGUACGUUGGUUCAUAAGUUUUUCAUUUGAAGAAUUUUUCUUGGUUUAACUGGAGUCCAGUAACUUUUCCCACUCAGUUUCUUUCCUGACCAAACUAGUUCAAUAGAUACUUUAGUCUUCCUCCAGUGACCUGUUUGUAUAUUUCCCUUUUAUGGUCUCCAUUUUGUCAAACUAAGGGGGACGGUGUGAUUAAUGAACACUUAGAAAUCUCACGCUCUUGUCUCAUGUUAUGUGCUCUUAUUCCAUCUUUUAGUGCUUUUCCUGUAGUUAGAAAUAGUCUCAGGAAUGUAGCAUAUCUGCAGAUGUAGAAACGGGUGAUGGAGAAACCAGUUGCCUAGUAAGCCCAACUUUCAAGGGUUGAUAGUUAAAGUUGGAAAUAUUUUAGGGUAUUAUUAAAGUAAUAAUAUCUUCUUUCCCAUUUAGUGAAGUGGACUGUUGUUGUGCUUGGAUGUAUUUCUGUUGCUCAUACACCAACCCCUGGAAAUGGCUUGCAGUCCUUUCAAUGCUGUCUUUGCUCUGUCUUCAGUUGUUAAGCUGUAAGAAAUAAGCUACAAGAAAGGCUGCUUUUUUAUCUAAGAAGUCAGCAGGAAUAUAUGGGUGUAGUGUGGCAUCCCUCACUGAGGCAAGGCAUUGAUCUUUGGCUUCAUUCAUACAGGUUAUCAAAGAGAUGUCAAGCAGUAAUGUGUUUAGACCAUCAGUGUACAAGCAUUUUACUUUUUCUUUUGGUUUUUUAAUGAUACUUAUAUUUCUUGUUGUCUUAAAACAGCAGUUAGUUUGCAACCAGAUGGAAAAACAUUUGCAUUGCUUUUCUGAAGACAAUAAUUCUGCCUCCGUUCUUUAUCUGAGUCAUAUUAGAAAAUAUAAAAUAAUAAUAACUGCCAAAAGAUUCCCUUCUGCAAUAUGUUCUUGGGAGUUUUUCCUUGUAUUGCAUGAGCAGUAUCAGAAAGUUUUAUCUUCCGUCGCUGAAAUUGAGGAAGGCUCCCACAAUUUAUUCUGCAAAUGGCAUUUGUAGAGCUCUUUACUUUAUUUGAUGCUUACCUCAGUAAAUAAAGUUUUAAGUUUCAUAGAGGUGAUGUCUGUAUAGAGGCACGAAAAGGUGUUCCAUGUCCCAGAGGGGAUCUCAGGAUUAAAUUGGAUGGGUAUUUUUGUUUCUCCUAUGUUGUACUUUGUGGCUCAAACUGAGAAUAUCUUUCUUAGCGUAUUCUUGGGAUGGACAUUUGUGAGAAAUGCUUGUAUCAAAUCUGCUUAGAUUUGUAUGAAGGGAAAAUUGCAUGCAGUCUUUUUCCCAAAGGAUAUGGAGUUGUGCAGCAGAUGAUUCACUUGAUGGCAGCUAAUGAAGUAUGCAGUGGCAUGUCAGGACACUUGUUCUGUUGAGCUGUGUGGUCUCAUGAUGCUCAUGUCCGUAGUACUGUCAUGUCCUCAUCUGGUAUAGAGACUUGAAAUUGUGUUGUUUGGUGUUUGUUUAUUUGUGGUUGUUUUGGCUUUUUGGUUUUUUUUUUUUUUUUUUUUUUUGCAAAUGUUCACUGAGGUUUCUGUGUUUGUGUCAGUCUUGGCUGCUGUUGGUCUGUGCUUUCAGAUUGUUGCCUGGAGUUAUUUGCUAAAGAGGCAUGAGCCUCUGACUUGUUCUAGUUGGUACUUCUAGGUCAUAAAAUUGCAGUAGUUUGUAAAGGUGCUUAUCAGACGAGAACAUGGGAAUGGUUGGAAGUGAGCGUGCUAACGAGCCAUGAGUUGGAGGAGGGCCGAGCUGUGAAGUCCUUUGUGUCUGAAAGUUUCUAAUGAAGUCUUGGUUUAGGCCACAUGAAACAAGAAGGCUUUCUUUUCUGGUUUUCAGUAUGUUCAUUUCUCCACAUCUUAAAACUGCACUGUAGUUCCUCAAGUGAGAUAGUGGUCUUCAGAAACACGUCUAAUGCUGGAGCUUAUGACAGAAGUAACUGGCGAUUAAUUAGAAACUCUGUAAUGCACGCGUCAGGAAUCCAAAGAGCACCAUGGGGAUUGUUUUUAAACUUGGAAGAAGGCUUGUGCAACUCAACUGCCUUUCCAGUGACCACAAGUGUGAGUUACAAGUGUGUAACAGCACGCUGGGAGGUGUUGUGAUCUUUGUUAGAAAAAUAAGCAGAAACUCGUAAGUUCUGGAAUUUAUGAGUCUUCCCAAGUACGCUUUGGAGAAACAAAGUGGUAAUAAUGUUUAAAGAGCAGAAUAAGUUAUUAAAACAGUUUCCUUCGGUAGUCUUGUGGCAGAACCCUUGAACUUUCUGACAUUUAUUUUCAGUAAAAUAGAAUGUCUCAAGGAUAAACCUUGUGCUUUUUACAAGAAAAUUCUUGGAAUUUUAGUUCUCUUCCUACAGAGAACAACUACACAAGCUGUUGUAGUUAUUCUCCUUACCUUCUUCACUAUUGCAUCACUGUCAGAAUUAAUGCCCACAAAACAUAAAAGAGAAAAUGUGUGUACACCUCAGCCACCUUUGUGCAACAUCUAAUGCCAGGAGGAUGGGUUGAAACUGAGUGGAGACGUGAUCUGCUGAAGCAGCUCAGGCACACGUACGUGUUCUGCUCUGCACACCAGAAUCUUUGUCAGGCAGGUGAAGGAGGUAGUUGAAAAUAAUAAUUUAUUAAACUCUUGCUUUUAAAUUUUAGAAAGAGUAUUUUCCAAAGACCAGAGAUAUAAAAGCACACAAGAACUUUGUGUGAAACUUUGUAACUCAUUUUAUUAAAUUUGAGAUGGUGUUUUAAGAAAGAGAAAUGGCAGUUAAAAUAGUUGUUUUAAACUAAUCAAAAUGCAUAGUUUAUUUCCUGUUCCAUUAAUGUGUAUAGAAAACUGCACUUUGGUGUCCAAAAUGAGAAAAGAUCACUCUUGUUCAAAACUUUUCAUGAGUAGUAGCAGUGCUUUAGGGUUCCUUUAGGAGCAUAAGAAAACCCACCUGCACAUAGGGAAAUACCUGCUUGUCCUUUGAUUAUUUUAUGACAAAGCUACGUUGUUGGUUGGUGGAAGAUAAUUUUUUUAAAGCUUCUAAGAUAGCUUAAUAUAUAUGUGUCUAGUUCUGGGUUACUUUAUUUUUGGUUCUGUUUAAUAAAAUGUAAGCUUCCUCAUGUAUCAGUGAAUUUUCCCAAUUAGAGCAGGAUUAAGAUUGUGCUCCAGAGGAGACUUUACAUAACUUUUUCCUUUUUUUCUACUAUAUGACAUGUAACAGAUACAUACACAAGUCUAUCUGUGGAACUAGAAGCUUGCAUGCAGUGCAGCCUAGCUGAGAAUCUUUGGAAAUAGAUCCUACUUUGCAUCUUAUGAAAGCUUGAAGUUCUUUCUGCGUGCUUUUUCCUUGGCAUUCACUAUAAUAUCAAUGAUUAUUCCUCUGUCUGAAAUAUUUAUUAUGUGUUACUGUUAGAGUAAUGUAUUGCAGUUCUGCUGAAUGUUUAUUUAUGUUUUUUCUUCUUUUCAACAUAGGAUUUUUCAAACUUCAAAGUACUCCGCAGCAGACACCAUAUUGGAAGCUAUUCAAGCAAGUGAACACUGGCCUGAAGAGUCUCUAAUAAUGAGGUACCCAUCUGGAGUUAAAGCGCAUCUCUGAACUUCUUAAUUCUUCAUUAAAGGGAUGUGUUCUGUAUUCAUGGGAUGUUUUAAACACUUCAAGACGAGCGUUUCAUCAGAAGCACUAAUGGUUGUUGGCAUGCCUUGGAUAAGGUGGUGACUGCUGGAUGUAAUUUGUUUCUGUUUACUGCAGAGAGCCAAAACUGACUCCAUUUGGAGUUGAGAGAAAUAGCAGUACAGACCUAUCAAGAUGACUGAUCCUAUGAUGGAUUUUUUUGAUGAUGCCAAUCUUUUUAGCGAGACCUUAGAAGGUUUGUCAGAUGAUGCCUUUGUUCAACCUGGACCUGUUUCACUUGUUGAUGAAUUAAAUUUAGGUGCAGAAUUUGAACCUUUGCACAUAGACUCAUUGAAUCAUGUGCAGGAUGCUCCGAAUCAACAAAAGUUGAGUGACUUUGAACAGCUGAAUCAGUACGAUUCCCUGAAACUUCACCAAGUGAAUCAGUCUUUUAAUAGCUCCACAGACAACGUCUUGUCACCACACUCUCAGUUCAAUUGUUCACCAAUUCAUCCGCAAAACCAGACUAAUGGGAUGUUUCCAGAUGUGGCCGAUGGUAGUCCUAUGUGGGGUCAUCAAACUGCCACAACUGUUUCAAAUCAAAAUGGGUCCCCCUUUCACCAAGGACAUUCUCAGUCUAUGCAGCAAAACAAAAGCUUUGUAGCACACCAUGACUUUGCCUUAUUUCAGGCUAAUGAACCACAGCAUCAGUGUGCCUCGCUACGAUCGCAACAAAGCAGGAGCAACACGGGGCAAGAUGCUCUGAGUCAGCCAAAAGACUUCUUGGAAGUUAGCGUAUCUACUUCUCACAGAGUCAGUGUUAAUCACCCACCUCCAGUUUCUAAUCCUUCAACUUCACAGCAGCCUCUGUCUGUUCAGCCGUUUUCUCAAACUGCAAGUGCUUCGUUACAUUUUUGUGGGAAUCAAGAAGGAACUUUUGGUGGACAGUCCCCAACGAUUACUCCGUGUUCUGUCAAUAAUAGCCAACAAUUUUCAUCUCCUUAUUCUUAUUCUAAUAACCACAUUUCUCCUACCAGCCUUCUUCAGUCUACCACAGCUCUUUCUAGUAGCCAGCAGACACAUCCAAUCUCUGAUUUCACUGGAAGUGAUGCCUUUACAUCUCAAACGGGGACCAAGCAAGACACAACUGAGCACAUGUUAAAUGCUAAUACACCUUUGAAUUCAAAUAGUUUUCAAAUGUUGCAUUCUUCGCAUCCUCAGGGCAACUUUAGUAGUUCAAAACUCUCUCCUGUGAGUAUUAGUUUUCCAGCUUCUGCUGGUUCUGCUUCUCAGAUAAGCCAUUUCACUGACCCUAUUGAGAGCAACGGUUUUACAUCUUUGGAUGAUAACUUACUUCAUCAAGUUGACGCUCCAAAUGAACCAUUUACAGGACUCGACCCAGAUGACCUCCUUCAGGAAGAUCUUCUACCACAGUUUGAUGAUUCUGCAUUUGUUCAGGAUAGCACAAGCCAUGUUUUAGACCAUGACCUAGAAGACCACAUAACCCCGCAUCCGGUAACGCAGUCAUCUGAUAUUGUUCGGGCACAGUCUCAAACUCAGAUCCAUCCCUGGCAUUCUUCAGUUUCUAGUCAGCAUCUGCAAGACAGAAGUCGUGUAACCUUCCAAGGACAGCCUCCUUCCUCCAAGAAGACCGAUGGUUCAGGAUCACAUACUAAGUCACAGAAUACCCAGGUGAGGGCAAUGUCGGAAAAGAAGCAGAGGAAAAAAGCAGACUCUGAAAGUAAACAAGAGAAGGCAAAUCGCAUAAUAUCUGAAGCGAUUGCAAAAGCAAAAGAGAGAGGAGAGAGAAACAUCCCACGAGUAAUGAGUCCAGAAAACUUCCCCAGUGUUUCAGCUGAAGGAAAAGAGGAAAAGAAAGGUAGAAAAGUUAAAUCGAAACCCAAGGACAAGGAAAGUAAAAAGCCAAAAACUGGUUCCUCAUCCAAAACUAAAGAGAAAACAAAAAUUGGAAAGCUAAUCAUCACGCUGGGUAAGAAACAGAAAAGAAAAAAUGAAUCUUCAGAUGAAUUGUCUGAUGCUAAGCAGACUCCACAGAAGUCAUUGAAAGAUGAAGAUUCACAGAAGAGAAGAUCAAAUCGGCAAGUUAAAAGGAAAAAGUAUGCUGAAGAAGGAGAAGGAAAACAAUCGGAAGAAGAAGCUAAAGCUUCUGCGAAAAUCAAAAAGAAUUCUGCUCCUUUACCUGCUGAGCAGCCUUUACAGUUAUUUGUGGAGAAUCCAAGUGAAGAAGAUGCAGCAAUUGUAGAUAAAAUCUUAUCCUCUAGAAUAAUAAAGAAAGAAAUAUCUGCUGGGAUGACAGUAGAAACAGAAGAGUUUUUCGUAAAAUACAAGAACUACUCUUAUCUCCACUGUGAGUGGGCCACAGAACAGCAGCUUUUAAAGGAUAAAAGAAUCCAGCAGAAAAUAAAACGGUUCAAACUAAGGCAAGCACAAAGAGCUCACUUUUUUGCAGAUAUGGAAGAAGAACCUUUUAAUCCUGACUAUGUUGAAGUAGACCGGGUAUUAGAAGUCUCUCUUUGUGAAGAUAAAGACACUGGUGAGCCUGUUGUUUACUAUUUAGUAAAAUGGUGUUCAUUGCCAUAUGAAGACAGUACGUGGGAGCUGAAAGAAGAUGUAGAUCAAGCAAAAAUAGAAGAAUUUGAACAAUUGCAAGCUUCCAGGCCUGACUCAAGGAGAUUGGACCGACCACCUCCAAACUCGUGGAAGAAGAUAGAACACUCAAGGGAAUAUAAAAAUGGCAAUCAGCUCAGGGAAUAUCAACUGGAAGGACUUAACUGGCUUCUAUUCAACUGGUACAAUAGACGAAAUUGCAUUUUAGCGGAUGAAAUGGGUCUUGGCAAAACCAUUCAGUCAAUUACAUUCCUCUAUGAAAUCCUCCUGUCUGGUAUAAGAGGGCCUUUUCUGAUCAUAGCUCCACUUUCCACUAUAACAAAUUGGGAAAGAGAAUUUCGCACGUGGACUGACCUUAAUGUUGUAGUGUACCACGGAAGUAUGAUCAGCAGGCAGAUGAUUCAGCAAUAUGAAAUGUACUUCAGGGACUCCCAGGGACGUAUUGUUCGAGGCACCUACAGAUUCCAAGCCAUUAUCACAACUUUUGAAAUGAUUCUUGGUGGCUGUCCAGAGCUGAAUGCAAUUGAGUGGCGAUGCGUUAUUAUUGACGAGGCACACAGACUGAAAAACAGAAACUGCAAACUGUUAGAAGGACUAAAAUUAAUGAACCUCGAACAUAAAGUGCUGUUAACUGGUACACCACUGCAGAACACAGUAGAAGAGUUAUUUAGUCUUCUUCAUUUUCUUGAACCAUUGCGUUUUCCUGCUGAAUCAACAUUCAUGCAAGAAUUUGGAGACCUUAAAACAGAGGAACAGGUUCAGAAAUUACAAGCUAUCCUGAAACCCAUGAUGCUCAGGCGAUUAAAAGAAGAUGUAGAAAAAAAGCUGGCUCCUAAGGAAGAGACAAUAAUUGAAGUAGAACUAACUAAUAUUCAGAAGAAAUACUAUCGAGCAAUCUUGGAGAAAAAUUUUGCUUUCUUAUCUAAAGGAGCUGGGCAAGCAAACGUACCAAAUUUGGUUAACACUAUGAUGGAACUCAGAAAAUGUUGUAAUCAUCCUUAUCUCAUCAAAGGUGCUGAAGAGAAGAUCCUUGGAGAAUUUAAAGAAACUUACAGCCCAACUGCUCCAGACUUCCAUCUACAAGCAAUGAUCCAGUCUGCUGGUAAAUUGGUUCUUAUUGAUAAACUUCUUCCAAAAAUGAAAGCAGGAGGCCACAAGGUCCUUAUCUUCUCUCAAAUGGUGCGCUGCCUUGAUAUUUUGGAGGAUUACCUUAUACAUAAAAGGUACUUAUAUGAACGAAUUGAUGGACGAGUACGAGGCAACCUCAGGCAAGCUGCAAUUGACCGGUUCAGCAAACCAGAUUCCGAUCGCUUUGUGUUCCUUCUCUGCACCAGAGCUGGUGGUUUGGGGAUUAAUUUGACUGCAGCAGAUACGUGCAUAAUUUUUGAUUCAGACUGGAAUCCUCAAAAUGAUCUGCAGGCUCAAGCCCGUUGUCACAGGAUUGGUCAGAACAAAGCAGUGAAGGUCUACAGGCUGAUAACUCGUAACUCAUAUGAAAGAGAGAUGUUUGACAGAGCAAGUUUGAAGUUGGGACUGGAUAAGGCUGUCUUACAGAGUAUGAGUGGAAGAGAAAACAGUGUUGGUGGUAUCCAACAACUCUCUAAAAAAGAAAUAGAAGACUUGCUUCGAAGAGGUGCGUAUGGUGCCAUUAUGGAUGAAGAAGAUGAGGGCUCCAAAUUCUGUGAGGAAGACAUCGACCAAAUUUUGCAGCGGCGUACCAAAACUAUCACAAUUGAAUCAGAAGGAAGGGGCUCCACAUUUGCCAAGGCUAGCUUUGUUGCAUCUGGAAACAGGACUGAUAUUUCUCUAGAUGAUCCCAACUUCUGGCAGAAAUGGGCCAAAAAAGCAGAAAUAGAUAUAGAUGCUAUCAGUGGCCGAAACAGCCUGGUUAUUGAUACCCCACGAAUUAGAAAACAAACAAGGCCCUUCAGUGCUACAAAAGAUGAACUGGCUGAAUUGUCUGAAGUGGAGAGUGAGGGGGAGGAUAAGCCCAAACUCCGCCGGCCUUGUGACCGUUCCAAUGGAUAUGGAAGAACAGAGUGCUUUCGGGUGGAGAAAAACUUACUGGUCUAUGGGUGGGGUCGAUGGAGAGAGAUUUUAUCACAUGGUCGCUUCAAGAGACAGCUAAAUGAACAGGACGUGGAGAUAAUUUGCCGAGCUCUCUUAGCCUAUUGUCUUGUUCACUACAGAGGGGAUGAGAAAAUAAAAAGUUUUAUAUGGGAUCUGAUUACUCCAACAGAAGAUGGGCAAACACGAGAGUUGCAGAAUCAUCUUGGCCUGUCAGCACCUGUGCCUAGAGGAAGAAAAGGAAAAAAAGUGAAGACCCAGGCUAGCACUUUUGAUAUACACAAAGCAGAAUGGCUUCGAAAGUACAAUCCAGAACAUCUGUUGCAAGAUGAAGGAUACAAAAAGCACAUAAAACACCACUGCAACAAGGUCUUGCUUCGAGUAAGAAUGCUGUAUUACUUAAAACAAGAAGUUAUUGGUAAUGAAUUUCAAAAAGUGUUUGAUGGAACUGAUGCCAGUGAAAUUGAUGUUUGGGUCCCUGAGCCAGAUCACUCUGAAGUUCCUGCUGAGUGGUGGGAUGCAGAGGCAGACAAAUCCCUUCUAAUUGGAGUUUUUAAACAUGGUUAUGAAAAAUACAACACGAUCAGAGCAGACCCGGCACUGUGCUUCUUGGAAAGGGUUGGCAAGCCAGAUGAUAAAGCAGUUGCUGCUGAGCAGAGAGCAAAUGAUUAUAUUGAUGGGGACGUUGAAGAUCCAGAGUAUAAACCAGCACCAGCAAUGUUUAAAGAUGAUAUAGAGGAUGAUGUUUCAUCCCCAGGUGAUCUAGUAAUAGCAGAUGGAGAUGGGCAAAUGAUGGAAGGUGACAAAAUCUAUUGGCCAACUCAGUCUGCCUUAACAACGCGCCUUCGCCGCCUGAUAACAGCUUAUCAAAGAACAAGUAAAAAUAGGCAGGCCCAGCAGAUCCAGCCAGCAUUCCCAGUGCAAACUAGUAUGAUGCAGCCUCCAUAUGAAGAAGUUGCUCUAAAUCCAAAGAUGGCUGCUAAAAUAGAAAGACAGCAAAGGUGGACAAGAAGGGAAGAAGCUGACUUCUACAGAGUUGUGUCCACGUUUGGAGUGGUAUUUGAUCCUGAACGGGGACGAUUUGAUUGGACCAAAUUCAGAGCUAUGGCUAGGCUGCAUAAGAAAACUGAUGAGAGCUUAGAGAAAUACCUGUAUGCAUUUAUGUCAAUGUGCAGGAGAGUCUGUCGUCUCCCCUCAAAAGAAGAACUGGUAGACCCAAACAUUUUUAUCCAACCAAUUACAGAGGAGCGUGCCUCUCGGACUUUGUAUCGCAUUGAGCUUCUAAGGAAGGUGCGAGAACAAGCUCUUAGACAUCCACAGUUGUUUGAACGACUAAAGCUAUGUCAGCCAAACCCGGACUUACCUGUCUGGUGGGAAUGUGGGACUCAUGACAGGGAUUUACUUAUUGGAGCUGCUAAACAUGGGGUUAGCAGGACAGAUUAUCAUAUUCUUCGUGAUCCUGAACUCUCAUUUAUGUCUGCGCAGAGGAACUAUAGUCAGAACAAAGUGGCACUGUCAAGGACUUCUACUCCACUCUUACAUCAGUAUCAGAUGGCAUUAUCUGCUUCUCCUCUUACACCUCAGUCAAGAUUGCCGGAUGCUAAAGUGAAUGCUCUUGAGGACAUGAAAGUUAAAAAUGAAAAUCUGAAAGAGGAUGCUCAGUCAUCUGAAGAGGAAUCUAUGUCUACAGAGGAGACGCAGACAGUAAUGAAAUCUGAGCCUCUGAGUCCAAAAAAUGGUGCACCAGUACAAAAUACAGAACACAAACCUAGCGUGAAGAUUGAAACAGACAGGCGCAUGGUUGCAGCAAGGACAGAGCCUCUAACUCCAAACCCAGCUUCCAAAAAACAGAGAGUCAGCAAAAGAGGAUCGGACUCUAGCUCUGACUCAGACUCUGACUCAGAUAGAUCAUCCUGUUCUUCCAGGUCAUCUUCUUCAUCCUCUUCAUCUUCCUCAUCUUGUUCACACUCUCGAUCAGGCUCUAGUUCUUCGUCAUCUUCAUCUUGUUCUUCAGCAUCUUCAUCCUCAUCAUCUUCAUCCUCAUCGUCGUCGUCGUCAUCAUCAUCAUCGUCUGAAGAGAGUGAUAGUGAUGAAGAGGAGGCACAAAAACGUGCAGAAGGAACUCCUCAUAUAAAAGCAUAUGAUGAAGAGAGUGUAGCUUCUCUGAGUACAACACACGAUGAGACACAAGACAGUUUCCAGAUGAAUAAUGGGACACCAAAUUCCAGUUAUCUCCUACAAGGUGGAUACAUGUUGGCUGCAUCUUACUGGCCAAAGGAUCGAGUUAUGAUUAACCGGCUUGAUAGCAUUUGUCAAACAGUGCUGAAGGGUAAAUGGCCUUCAGCAAGAAGGAACUACGACAGCAAUACAGUGGCAUCUUUCUACACAACCAAACUUCUGGAUAGUCCAGGCGCAGCUACAGAUUACAGUGAGCCCGGUGCACCAACACCCCCUCUUGCAGUUGUUAAAGAAGAAUAUGAUCAGUCACCACAGAUGUCAAAGGUGAAGAAGCAUGUACGAGAAAAGGAGUUUACAGUGAAAAUCAAUGACGAAGGUGGUUUGAAAUUGACUUUUCAGAAGCAGGGACUGUCUCAGAAAAGGCCAUUUGAAAGCGAGGAGGGUGCACUGGGACAGCAGCAAUACCUGGCUCGGCUACGUGAUCUCCAGAACGCUUCAGAAACCAGCCUUGUCAACUUCCCAAAAUCACUUCCUGAAUCAGGUACUUCCAGUCACUUAACAGCCAGCGCCAAUGGAGUGAUAGUUGAUAGUCAACCUGUGCUCAAAAAGAGAAGAGGGAGAAGGAAGAACGUGGAAGGAGUUGAUGUCCUCUUUGUAAACAGAAAUAAGCAGCCCAAUCAUGUAAAUCCAGGUAUUAACUCGUGUCAAGUUGCUGCUGGAAUAAACCCAGCACUCAAUUACACACAGUCUCAAGGCAUGCUUGAUGCAGAGAGUCCAGUUCCUGUUAUUAACCUAAAAGAUGGAACGAGGCUGGCAGGUGAUGAUGCUCCCAAAAGGAAAGAUUUAGAAAGGUGGCUGAAGGAACAUCCUGGCUAUGUUGAAGAUUUAGGAGCUUGUAUUCCUAGAAUGCAGCUGCAUGAAGGGAGGCCCAAACAAAAACGACACCGUUGUCGAAACCCUAAUAAACUAGAUGUUAAUAGUUUGACUGGUGAAGAACGUGUCCAGCUCAUAAAUAGAAGAAAUGCAAGAAAGGUGGGGGGUGCAUUUGCUCCCCCUCUGAAGGAUUUGUGCCGGUUCUUGAAAGAAAAUCCAGAGUAUGGAGUGGCUCCGGAAUGGGGAGAAAUUGUAAAACAGUCUGGAUUUCUGCCAGAAGGUAUGUUUGAGCGUAUUCUCACCGGGCCUGUUGUGCGGGAAGAAGUAAGCCGGAGGGGAAGGCGCCCCAAAAGUGAGAUUGCUAAGGCAACAGCAGCUGCAGCUGCUGCCACUGCUGCAAGCGUAUCAGUUAACCCUCUGCUCACCAACGGAUUGCUUCCGGGAGUGGAUCUGUCCAGUCUUCAGGCCUUACAACAAAACCUGCAAAAUCUGCAGUCACUGCAAGUAACGGCAGGAUUGAUGGGAAUGCCAGCUGGCUUAACUACUGGAGGAGAAGCUAAGAACAUGGCUGCCAUGUUCCCCAUGCUGCUGUCAGGGAUGGCUGGAUUACCAAACUUGCUGGGCAUGGGAGGACUUCUGACAAAGUCUACAGAAUCUAUUUCAGAGGAUAAAAAGGGAAGUGACUUGAAAGAGGCGGAUAUAAAGAAAGAAAGGACAGAAGACCAAAAUACAGAUACUGGUGGUGAAAACUCUGUUUCAAGCUCUCCUUCAACAUCCUCUGCUGCUGCAGCUGCCAAUCCUCUCUCUCUUAACCCAUUACUUUUGUCCAACAUACUUUAUCCAGGGAUGCUUCUCACUCCAGGCCUUAAUCUUCAUAUCCCAGCUUUGUCUCAGUCUAAUAUUUUUGAUGUACAGAACAGUGAAAGUAAUGACACGGGCUCAGCCAAGCCUACGGAAGAAAAGGAGGAAAAUUCUCGGGUUAGAGAUCAGGAAGACAAAGGGGGAACAGAGCCAAGCUCUCACAAUGAAAACAGCACAGAUGAAGGUUCAGAGAAAGCAGAUGCUUCAUCUGGAUCUGAUAGUACAUCGUCUUCAUCUGAGGAUUCAGAUUCUAGUGAUGAAGACUGACCCCAGACUCUGCACUUAAAUUAUGAACUGAUUUUGAAUUUAUUCUUUAAUUAUUUCAUUGUAAAUAACCCAGUGUUGAGUGCAUCAAUGAUUUACUGACCGAACAUUUCAGUAUUUGUUUAGAAGUGCAAACUGCUUUCAGAGACGUUUUGCAUGUAAUAUUUCCUGAAGUUCAUAAGUUUCUGAACUUGUAUGUACUAUCAAAUACACAAUGGUGUAAAAUUACAACAAAAGGCAUUAUAAUUUUGUUGGGGGGUUAAUUUUAUGAAAAUAAUGCUCAAGAAAGAGCUGUAUAUUUAAUAUAUUUGCAGUGAACACAGAAUACUUUAUGCAUAUUAUUGAUUUAAUUUGAAUAUAGUUUUACAGCCUCCUUGACACUUAUAAUUUACAGAUCAAAACUCAGCAAUAAUUUGGGCAGCUAAUGAAUGUCAUGAAAGCUGUAGAAUCUACAUCACCAUCCAUUGCUUUAAUUACAUGAAAAUGCUCUAGUGUUGUGAUGCACUGCUGUUUCCAAUUCAGGUACAAGUGUGUUUAAAAGAAGAUAAAUUUUUCCCAAUCAGCCAAUUAAACUGGCUACCUGUUACCUCAGCUGAGUUAGUUUAGGAAGUUUACAUUGGUUUCUAUUACUUGUUUUCAGGUUUUGUUUUGUUUUCUAAAGACAUCUUGUAUAUCAUGUUAAAAUCUGAGUUGAGAUAGGACUGUUAGUGGUUUUUUUUCCCCUCAUUGUGACUGUUCUCUUUGACAGCAGUAAGGGGAAAUCAAACCAAAAAUGGUCUUAUCUCAUGCUACUUGGCACCAUGUAGAUCUAUUUAGUUUACACCUUGCAAAGUUUUGGGCUCCCUCUGCAGAAUUAGAAAUCCCAAAAUGAGGAGUAGUUGCCCCAAGACUCAGAAGAGGCAAACUGUCAUAAGUGCCACUGAAAAGACCUUUCAACACUGCAUACUUCAUGUAAAAAUUGUUUGUUUGCUUUGUUUGUGUAGAUUUCUAUUUGUGUUUUAUGUCAUAAAACCUCCCGGAGUUACCAGUUAAUAAUGGUAAAUUAAGUAUAGGUAGUUUUGAACUCCUUUUGAGUUUAAACUUCUCUGCAGAUUUAAAUCUGACUAAAUAUUAAAUAUUACCCCAAAUCAUUAUUGGGAUAUCACUUCAUAUGUUAUGCUGAGUUACCCACUAAAAAAAAAAAGCACUUUGAAUAGUAAGGAAGACAAAUUAUUCCUAGAAACCACAGUAACAGGGCAUAAGGCAUCUGUUUAAGUCCAAAACCUUAGAACCCUUUACUAUAUAAAAUCUGUCUAAUAUUUGAUGUGUGAUCUGAUUCCUCCUUCUUUUUAAGCUGCUAUUACUGUGACACAGUAGAGGCCCAGAUUCACAUUUACAGAAGUUCUGAACUGACUGAGAUUUCAAUUGACCCUUGUUACAGCAUUUGCGGUCCAAGAAAAGGCAAGUGUUAAGAGAAAACAGAUACAGGUACUAAUAGGAGUCAUUGAAAAAGCUUUACAAAGGGAUAAAUUUAAAAAUAAAAGCAAAACUGUAUAUUUUGAUAUAGUUCUGUUGCUUGCUUGUACAGUAAAACAACUGUGUUGUUUUGUUUUUUUUUUUACCAAGAACUUUACCAAUGAAAUAUAAGUUUGUAUGUGCAAAAUAACCCCAUGAUUAGAAGCAGUGUUACAUGUAAUACACAAUUUUACAAGUACCAUUUGGAUUGUGCUGGUUACGUAUUUUCCCAAAUAGUAUUCUGAUUUUUUGGCCCUUCAUGCAGUGUCUUAGCAAUAGUGAAAAUUCAAAACUGCUAAGAGAAGGGGGUAGCAAUUCUUCAUUGUGGAAAAAAAAAAAAAAAAAAAAGUAUUGCAUAUUUAAUACUUUGCCCUUUGUAAUAUAGCACUUUUAUUUAACUAGGAUGAUCUAUGAAAUAGCCAAAGUUUUACAAACAGUUGUUAACUUAGUUUGCUGAUGGAGCACAUCAACAAUACCAUCACUUCCCACCCUUACCCCACAAAAGAGAUCUUAAAUCUUGUGGCUAAAACCUAAUUUAUAUCAGAUUUAUGAAAUAAAGUAUUUUCCUAAUUAUGCUCAAGUGAGUUUGGUUACCAUUCUAGUGAUUCUUUCUAUGUAAUAAGGCAAUUAUAGUUCCAAGUAAUGAAGGCUGGUGUAGACUUGAACAUAAUAUAUUGGGUUUAUUUUUCAUCAGUUUGAACCAGAAGGGGAAAAAUGUCCCACUGUCAGCUAGACUAUAUGCAAAAACGGUUGUAUAAAGUUAAGGGUUAUAAGGAAACCUCAGUAGAAUUACACUAAUACUGAAGUUAAGAUUAAAAGGAUAUCCAAGGUGAUGAUAAAGUGUGUGUUGGUAGUUACUAAAAGAACCUUAGCUGUUAUUGCCUUGUAUUUCUAUCCCUUGUUUCAAGCUUCAUGAUCCAAGUCUUAGUCCAGUUUUUCUUUUGGACAUUUGCAAUAUUUGCCAGUUGUGUUCUGUGUAGUCUGAAUUUGCUUUCUGUAGUUGAACAAGCGUCUUAAAAAGUCAUUUGUAAUUUAUUGAAUUACUUUCUAUGAUGUUCUAUAGAGCAAAUGGAAGUUUAAUUAUUUUUUAUUAAACAUAUUCUUUGACUACC